UGUGCCUUCAGUGGCCGCUCUGCUGGGAUAUCCGCUGCCCUCCCCCCGGCUGUUCUCUCUGGGUGUCUGCUGCACGACUGCGCUCAGCUGGCUGCUGCAGAGGUUUCCCCUCGGUCGGACUCACGGAGGAAUGGCAACACUUCAAUGGAUUAAAAACCUUGAUGACCUUUGCAGCCUGAAAGAACUUGUAUCCAAAGGUCCUGGGAUUGUAUGCAGUUCAGACACUUGAGCAUGUGGCCCGUGGGUGCCACAAUCCAGCUACUUCAAAGGAUUUUUUCUCCCAUGGCAUUUUAACAAAUUAUCAAAAGUAUCCAAAAAAAACUUUGGAUCACAAGUCCUUUAUUUCAAGGACAAUCAUAAAUGUGUCCUGCACAGGGAUGUUUUCUUUAAAAGCCUCCUUGGUUGUCUGUGUCCCUUUUUUCCCGAAUAAGUAACCCGACAAGAGACUCCCAUGAGCAACUCCGGAGGAGGAGACACGUUUACGUCAACAUGAGUAGUACUUUAGGCAAAGAAAAAGAUUCGAAAGAAAAGGACCCCAAAGGUGGUCCAGCGGGGAAAGAAAGGGAAAAGGAGGCCAAGGCUCUAGCCAGCUUAGUCAAAGAUGGUGGCAAAGAAACAAAGACCAAAGGGAAAGAUGCCAAAGAAGGAAAGAAGGACACCAGCAGCUCAACACCAGGUGUUGCCUUCUCUGUUGACAAUACAAUAAAGCGGCCAAACCCGGCACCAGGUACACGCAAGAAGUCCAGCAAUGCCGAGGUGAUCAAAGAGCUCAACAAGUGCCGAGAGGAAAACUCAAUGAGACUGGACUUAUCUAAACGGUCCAUUCACAUGCUGCCCACCUCGAUUAAGGAGUUGACGCAGCUGGCUGAACUCUACUUAUACAGCAACAAGCUGCAGAGUCUGCCAGCGGAGGUAGGUUGCCUAUCAGGCCUGGUCACUUUGGCCCUGAGCGAGAACUCCCUGACUAGUUUGCCUGACUCCCUGGACUCCCUUAAGAAGCUUCGAAUGCUCGACCUCCGGCACAACAAGCUGAGAGAGAUACCUGCUGUUGUCUACCGGCUGACGUCUCUGACCACGCUGUACCUGCGGUUCAACCGUAUCACAACAGUGGAGAAGGAAAUCCGAAACCUAUCCAAGCUCACUAUGCUCAGCAUUCGUGAGAACAAGAUUAAACAGCUGCCUGCAGAGAUAGGGGAGCUAUGCAACCUCAUAACUCUGGAUGUUGCCCAUAACCAGCUGGAACACCUACCGAAGGAGAUUGGGAAUUGCACACAGAUAACCAACCUUGACUUGCAGCACAAUGAGCUCCUGGACCUCCCAGAGACUAUAGGCAAUCUGGCUAGCAUAAAUCGCUUAGGUCUGAGAUACAACCGAUUGUCAGCCAUCCCCAGGUCACUAGCCAGAUGUCGAGAACUGGAGGAGCUAAACCUUGAAAACAACAACAUUUCAGUGUUGCCAGAGGGCCUACUGUCGAGUUUGGUCAACCUGACCAGUCUAACACUGGCAAGGAACUGCUUCCAGUCGUAUCCUGUGGGUGGACCAUCCCAGUUCUCCACCAUCUACUCCCUCAACAUGGAGCACAACCGCAUCAACAAGAUCCCCUUUGGUAUCUUCUCCAGGGCCAAAGUUUUAAGCAAGCUUAACAUGAAGGACAACCAGUUAACGUCUCUGCCACUGGACUUUGGCACAUGGACUAGCAUGGUCGAGCUUAACCUUGCCACCAAUCAGCUGACAAAGAUCCCAGAGGACGUCUGCGGUUUAGUCUCUCUGGAGGUGUUAAUAUUGUCAAAUAAUCUUCUCAAGAAGUUGCCACAUGGUAUUGGGAAUUUGAGAAAGCUACGGGAGCUCGACUUGGAGGAAAACAAGUUGGAAUGUCUACCUAAUGAAAUUGCUUAUCUUAAAGACUUACAGAAAUUGGUGCUGACAAAUAAUCAGCUGAGUACGUUACCCAGAGGCAUCGGCCACCUCACCAACCUGACUCACCUUGGUUUGGGGGAGAACCUGCUGCAGCACCUUCCAGAGGAGAUUGGUACACUGGAGAACUUGGAGGAACUGUACCUCAACGACAACCCCAACCUGCACAGCCUCCCGUUCGAGCUGGCCCUCUGCAGCAAGCUGUCCAUCAUGAGCAUCGAGAACUGUCCCCUCAGCCACCUGCCGCCCCAGAUUGUCGCGGGAGGCCCCUCCUUCAUCAUCCAGUUCCUCAAGAUGCAGGGACCAUACCGUGCCAUGGUCUGAGCCAAGAGCAGCUCUAUUCCAGUCCAACUUGACUCCAAAUCCUCCACUUGCUCUGCACUUUCUCGCUUGCCUGCCCCCCCCCCCACGUGUAUCAUACACUGUAAAGAAAACAGACUCGCCACAAUCAGUGUCAUGGGGCAAAUACAAGGAAGAGGAAGAAACAACGGAACUCCAGAGUUUAUCACAACCAUUUUGGACCCCAGCCACCCCCGCUCAUUUUUCAUUCUGAAUCAUACAAGAGGAAAAUGUUUCCAUCUCUUUGCCAAAACUGAAGAUAUAUAAAAUUAUAUAUAUUGAGUAACUGUGAGCUAAGUGGCAAGUCUUUUAACCAUAUAAACCGUGCUCCCAUUGCCAAUAUAUUUACAGUAAUUACAAGCAUCUAUUACGUGAGCAAGGAUACAAUUGUAUGCAAAAACAAACAAAAACAGUCUUUGGAACUUCACACUGCUGCUGCCGUAACUUUGUCAUUUUCUUUUGAUACUCCCUUUUUUUUUUUAUAUAUAUACAUCACCUUCACUCAAGAUAACUUAUGUUAAUUGCUUCUUGACCACAGAGAACAAAGGUCUAAUGAUGGUGUGUUUAUAAUUUAUUUCAUUAUAAUUUUUAUUAACCUUUUUUAAUGUUUUGUUUGUUUUUUAAACUGUGCCUAUGUUUAGAGUGAUCCAGCGGUUCAUUUCUAAACGCAAUUGUCCGUGAGAAUACAAAGAGAUAAAUUAUUUCAAUAAUCCUUCUUUUAUUACUGCCUUUUUCUUCUUUUUUUUUUUUUUUACUUUUGUUUUUUCCCUUUUUUUUUUUACUGUUCCUUUUGCUGUUGGAUUAAUCUGUUAAAGCAAGUGGUAUCAGUAAAAGUCAGGUGAUUUGAGAUCUUUUUAACAAAUAGCAGCAGUAGUUAAACAUUAAGCUGGAAAUGUAUAACAUAUGAGAAAUGCCAAUCAUACAUGCUUGGUGGGGGGGGCAAGUUAGGACUUUUCUCCAAAACGGGUGGUGCUGUGACCCCCGCCUGUGACAAAAAGGUAAAAAGUCAAACAUGCAUAGGUGAUGGGAUAAAUGAUGGGAGAUCUUGGGAGGCUUUAUAAAUGUAUACAAGUCCUGGUUGUUGCCUUGAGUGCAAUUUUUAGUUUUGUUUACUUAUUGGAGGUUAUCUUCAGUGUUGGGCUGCAUCGCUGUAGUUCAACUGAUCAUUGACCAACAUAUCAAGCGUUUUUAAAAACACAGUCUCUGGAGCAAGUGGUAAGUGCAGGGACAAGAGUUUGAUAAUAAAACAUUGACAGGUAACGCUUCCUUUUUUUGUUAAUAUCCUUACAUUAUCUGUAGUUUUUUUUUGUUUGUUUGUUUGUUUUACAAGGUCUCGUACGAAUCUUACUUACGUGGUGGAAAAUGUUCCCUUUAUUAGAUUUAUAAUGUAACUUUAUUUAGAAAAUAUCGUCUUUUGUCCCACACUGUCCCAGCUAUGCUGCUGCUCUUAUGCACUUUUUUAAAACACAUUCGGAAUCCUCUAUAUUAAGAAAAAAACAACACACAGUAGCCUCUCAUUGGUUAUUUCCAAUGGGGGCAUUUUGUCUCAUAAGUAUCAAGUAUUUUAUCUGUUUCACAAACGGUUUAUUGUGUAAAUUUCUAUCUGUUAAAUAUAAAUGUUGAGUUUAUUAGGCUCAGAAUAUACUAGUAACUUUCUUUGGGGAAGUUUUAUCCUGUCAAUCUCAAAAGGAACUUGCUCUGUUAAACUGUAAAAGGCUCUGAGUGGCUAUAAGAUGUUUUAAGAUUCCCACAUCCUGCUUUCUCAAUUGCAAGCGUAAAAUGGCUUAUUGCAGUUCAGAUCAGGAUUGUUUAUUUUAUAUCAAUUUACAUUGAGUGUUUUCUUUUUUCUAAAUGAUGAAAUGUGUUAGCAUUAUUUCAAGUGACUAUAUAUUAAAAAUCCCAACUAAAGGUAAUCACACCAAACUUUUUUUUUAAUUUUUACUUUUGAAAAUGUGUUGCAUCCCAGCCCUAUAUUCAAUCAUGAUUCUGUUUCUUAUUGAAAUGUGUGGGUCUGCUUUUUUGCAGCAGCUUGGUGUGUUUUAAGUGGGCUGUGGUUCGGGCUUCUACACAGGGAGGCCUGAGUGAUGAGCACCACUGUUCACCUCGGGGUGGGGCCGGGUCGGGGUAACGAUUUACCACUGCUUCUAAUUUACCAGCACAACCUGCUGCUGCUUUCUGAGGACUGAAACAAAUGCUGUUCAUGACAGGGGGGGGGCAGAGAGGGCAGGAGCCGGGAUGCGAUUCACUCCCAACACUGAUACAGACUUCACUCGAAAACCUGACGAGGGACAAAUCCACUGACCUUUUUGAUUUGGCGUCAGGCCCGGUGGUUUUCUCACAGAUCAAAUCGUUUGGACACAACGAUGAGACAACAUAACAAGGUGCAUAUUUGAGCUUAACGCAGUUACAGUACAAGACUGUCGGAAAAGACAAAAAAAAAUGUAAAAAGGGCUUUCUGUGUUCACGCUCAACACACCGGAGGCAUUGCAUUCCUGGUUUUAUAUAAAAGCUUUGGAAGUUUCUUUUUUUUGUGUGUGUAUUUACUUUUAGCUGUAACAAUUGUGUGAAAAAUGCCUUCAACGAGUACUCAAAUGUGAGAUGUGCAUUAGGUAUGCAGCGAGAGUGCUGUGACCCAUUUUUACAUUCAGUCUCUGUUUUUACUUUUUUCAUGUGCCAUUUUGCAACGUUGAGAAUGCCAGUGUAUGAAGACAAAGAGGAUGAUGGGAGGCGGGGCAGGAACUGAACUGGGCUGAUGGACCGGAGAGCAUUUAUCAGAUCCUGGAAUGUAGUUUUAAUGUGCUGUGGAGGAGAUGGAGAUCACCGACUGGGCCUGUCAGUUAAAGGUGUGACUCAUUGGAUUAAAAUGACGACGAUGUAUUGCGUACUGGUGCAUUCAAAAUAAUUGGAGUAUAGCUGGCAUUUAUUUUUCUAUUGUCUAUGAUUUUAGGCCAUGGAGAGCAUCGCAGAAUCAAGAGUCAUUUCGCUUGUUUUUCUUUUCUGGAUCACACAAUUUGUCUUUUUUCUUGCCUGGUUAUUUUGUACAGGAAACAAGCAUGUUGAACACAUAUUUGACAUGAUUUCUGGGUCAGAAUCAGGCGUUUUUGCAUAGAGGACUUUGAUUUAGUGGCUAUUUGGUGUAUCUGCAAAUGCUCCCUUUUUGUAUAUUGCAAAGGGUAUCGAAGCAUUGUGUGGCAAUGCUUAUCCUACUUAAUCUACAUUGACAAGCAGCCUUAAUGGUCUUUUUUUAUGUGUUUGUUUGGCUAUUCCUUGUGUCUAUGGCCACUGACUGUACUUGAUGAAAAGCAACUGGUCGUUACAGUGUAAAUUUGGGUCUAGUUUAUUUGUCUUAUUUUUCCUUUUACUCUGUACAGUAAUCUGACGUUACGGUAGUCUCAGUAUUACAAAAUUUGUAAUGUGAUGAGAGUUUUACAAAAAGACAAGAGUGCAAUGGAAGAUAAUGCCAUUAUGCUACCAAGUGGAUGUGCAUUAGCUUGCAUCUCACUUGUCUUUGGCAUUAAAUGGGAAUUCCACCAAAACGGACUUGACUUGCAUUUUUAUUCUGCAGAGGCGGAGCUUUUCCAGCUGAAACUACCAAGAUGUUUGUGUUUUUGAAAAUUUAUGUGGGAUCUACUUUUAUUAGGCUGAGAUUGUUGAAAAUUGAAUAGACUUUUUUUUUUUAAACCACAUCUAUUUCAAGAUUCUGCAGUUUCACACAGGAAGGAAAAAUACUUUGUUUUCAGAAAAGGCACAAACACGACUUGCACUUUGUAGAUAGUUCAGGUUGAUGUUGAAGGAUUAAACAGUCAAAUUUGGUGGAACGGCCCUUUUAAUGAAAACCUGAAACCCUGACCCCCCACCCCGCUCUAGUUUCUCCAAACAUUUACUUGACUGCCUUAUGCGCACCAAGCAAAACCUUUAUGACCGUUUGAUUUAAUCAACAAAGACAGAUAAUCACUUUUCUUUUCUUUCGUUAAUGUCAGUAAAGGGAUUUGUGUCCACGGAUUGAACCGAUGUAGAAAGCAAAGGUUUUGGGUCAGUUGUCUGACUGAAUGAGCAGAUGCAGACAUGACUACCUCUAUGUGAGUCUUCAUUGCUAACCACAGUGACCAAGAUCCAGUCUGAGGUGUUUCCACCUGUGUACAUAUAAAGCCGCGUGUUUGCAGGAGGAACUUGGAUUUGGACCAGCAAUUUAGCACCAAUUAGUUAUAGUAAGCAUCUUUCUGUUGUUUUACUUUUGGUUAUAUGCCUUUACUAAGUAUUAUUUGGCAAGUGGAAAAGAGGAAAAAUACAUUGAUCUGUGUGCUUUGUUGUAAAUGACGAACUUAAUGAAUGCCGGCCCCGUUAUAAGACAGUUAUCCUGAAGCCAACAAGUUGCAAAGUGCUACUUUGCAAAUGAGUGAAAAUGACCAUGUUUGGUGAUGUUCUGUAUGUACAUACAUCUUUUUAACUGUAAUAAACCGAUAAAUAUUUACAAAUUUA